AUGUCGAUGAAUAACUCGCAGUCAUCGUUGUUGAAUUUGGCCAGUUUGGUCCAAGAAGAGUCUAACAAUAGUGGAUCCGGAAAUGUGGAAAACGGUACUAGGAGCUCCGUCAGUAAUACCGGGUCUAAUUUCUCUAAUACUCCAAGAGCCAUGCAAGAUCUUUCAUUGCCUCAGUUGAACUACAAUAGUAGCGGCGGAACCAGCAACACCGGUACUAACUUGAAAAAUAACAAUGGUAAUGCCAACAACCGAAAUAUUAAUAGCAGUCAUCAUCAUAAUAAUAAUAAUAUCAAUAAUAACAACAAUGACGGUAAUAAUACCGAUGCACUUAAUGAUAGUGAUAGGAAUUCUGCCACUGAAGGGAGUAUUAGUUCUGGGAACGACGCUUCUAGCAACGAUAAUAGGGAUCUCAGUGUUGGUUCAGGAUCCACAGCGAACCAGAAAGAAAAUAUGAACGGUAAGACCAACAAUGAAAAUGGCAAUACACUCGAUCAAGAAGAUAAUGGUGAACUCAACGAUGAAGAUGUCGAGGAUAGGAUACGUGACACUGCGAAUUCAACAGGUAGGAGCACACCCGGUUUCAUGCAAUAUCCUAAAAGUACCAUGUCGACUGCGUCGUUACAGCGUAUGAAUAUUCCGGUCCCGGGAAUCGAUAUGCCCUUGGUAACAGGGGAUAACUCGCCUCAACUUUCACCUAUGAAUAUGAACAACCUGAAUAACAUGAAUUUAGGGAACCACCAUAGUUUAGGUAAGAUUGGUGCUUCACCACUUGUGAACUCAACGCUUGGGAACUCCACUACGCCCUCUGUGACCACUACCCCGGUCGGGGCAGAACUAGGCGGUACUGGUCGUAUCAACACGAAUGGUUCUGGUAACGGUACGUUGAUGGGCAUGCAGAUGCCUAUGAUGUUGAACAGCGGGUCUGAUUCCAAUACCAAUCCAAAUGCGAACGCUAAACUUACAAAUAAUUCCAAUGGCGGCGGCGGUGUCAUGUACAACGGCGGUAUACCGGGUCUAAAUAACAUGCCAAACACGGCUUCUCAAAGAAUGAUGAACAUGAAAUCCGACCUUACGGAUCUCCCAAUGAACCCACCUAAUAGUAAUAAUACCACAACCUCCACCAAUACUAUCAACGGUACCACGGGUAUCAACUCUUCCACGACAAACGCAACAGGUAACCAGUCGUCACAGACAUCAGGUUCAAACCCGGCGUCGCUACUACAAAACUCCACGACAUUGGCUACUUCGACGUUACCUACAAUCACAAUGAUAAAUGACGGCGAACGUCUAAAUACCGAAGGAGAAUUAAUUGGAAAGUCGGGAAAAGCAUUGCGCAACACCAAGCGUGCUGCCCAGAACAGGAACGCUCAGAGAGCAUUCAGACAGAGAAGAGAGAAAUAUAUCAAGGAUCUUGAAUUCAAGGCAAGAGACUACAACAGAAUAGCAGCAGAACUUGAAACUUACAAGGCAGAAAACAGAAUGCUCAAGUUCCAACUAGGUCAGUACCAGCAAAAGAUAAACCUUUGA